UAGAUCUUCCAAAAGGCAGAACACACUGGGUGAACCCGUCACUGCUCAGAAAAACGGGUGCGGAAACGAAAAAACCCUCGCCCCCAGCCUUAAAGCCGGAAAAAAACGGAAAAGAGACCCACGUCUCCUAGGAGAAGGCGAAGCCCGGCGGACCCCCACCCAGGGACAGAGGCGCACCGAGGACCGGCGGCCGGCGAAACCCAGCCGAUUGACGAACGUCGGACGUGGAACGCCAUUUUCGCUCGAUACCCGUCAGUUCGGCCCAUCCGCCGAAGAUUUUUCUCCAUAUUUUUCAUCUAUUAACGUGUCCAGCGAUUCUUCCCGACCGGAUAAAUGGGCCGAGAUCUCUGACUCUAGACUUUUUCUCGACUUUCGCACAACGAGCCACAAACCCGAUUAUCUCUCCGGCACAGGUGGCAAUCGAUAAAAGUGGAAAGCUCGCUAAAAACAAAUGGCGUUCGGGGAUAGAAUGGGCAGAGAUAGACGAGGUGGUGGAGGUGGCGUGAGAGGUGGACGAGGUGGGGGUCCCAGGGGUGGCGGCAGUGGAGGCGGUGGGGGCGGGCGAGGAAGAGACUUCAGCGGACGUGGCGGUGGCUUCGGCAGUCGUGACAACUUCUCACUGAAGGGCAAGCAGCCCGGAGGCCGGCUCAAGAAGCCCUAUUGGGACAUGUCCAGCCUUGAACCUUUCAAAAAGGACUUUUACAUUCCCCAUCCAAAUGUUUCCAAUCGGAGUGAAGAUGAAAUAGAACAGUAUAAAGAUGCCAAAUGCAUCACGAUAAAAGGUGACAGGGUCCCUCCUCCGAUUAUGUUUUUCGAGGAGGUCAAUUUUCCUGAUUUCGUCACUAAUGAAAUAAAAAAACAGGGCUAUGACCAUCCGACACCGAUCCAAGCACAGGGUUGGCCAAUUGCCCUGAGCGGACGAGACAUGGUCGGCAUAGCCCAAACUGGUUCAGGAAAGACAUUAGCAUACACAUUGCCGGCGAUUGUCCAUAUUAACAACCAGCCGAGGUUGAGGCCGAGGGAUGGCCCGAUAGCACUGAUACUCGCACCGACACGGGAGCUCGCUCAACAGAUCCAACAGGUCGCCACCGAUUUCGGCUCUUCGACAGAUGUUAGGAAUACUUGUAUAUUCGGUGGUGCUCCAAAGGGAUCUCAGGCUCGCGAUUUAGAAAGGGGUGUGGAAAUUGUCAUAGCGACUCCGGGCAGGUUGAUCGAUUUUCUAGAAAAGAACACAACUAAUCUCCGUCGUUGUACUUACCUCGUACUCGAUGAGGCGGACAGGAUGCUCGACAUGGGCUUUGAACCGCAGAUACGCAAAAUCAUUGAACAGAUCCGACCUGAUCGUCAAGUUUUGAUGUGGUCGGCGACUUGGCCAAAAGAAGUGCGCAACCUCGCCGAAGAGUUUCUACACAAUUACAUCCAGCUUAACAUCGGCUCGCUCGAACUGGCGGCGAACCACAACAUCCAGCAGAUAGUCGAGAUAUGCGAUGAGUACGAGAAGCCUGGAAAAUUAUGCGAGCUGCUAACAGAUCUGUCAAGAGAACCCGAGAACAAGACGAUCAUAUUUGCUGAGACAAAACGCAGCGUAGAUGAUAUAACAAGAACCAUCAAUAGACAAGGCUGGAGGGCCAGUGGUAUUCAUGGAGAUAAAUCUCAACAAGACCGUGAUAUGGUAUUACAAGAUUUUCGCACUGGGAGAGUUAAUAUAUUGGUCGCAACUGACGUCGCUGCACGCGGGUUAGAUGUGGAGGACGUCAAGUUCGUUGUCAACUACGACUAUCCUUCUAGCUCCGAGGACUACGUCCACCGUAUCGGACGUACUGGCCGGUCAAAGAAGACAGGCACUUCAUACACGUUCUUCACGACGGGCAACGCUCGCCAGGCGAAGGACCUUAUCUCUGUGCUACAGGAGGCAAAGCAGGACAUGAACCCACGCUUGCUCGAACUGGCUGAAAUGGCGAAAUCAGGCGUAUUUGGUAAACCGAGGAGUUCAAGAUAUAUGGGCGGAAAGGAACGUGGAGGCGGUAAAGGAGACAGAGGGAUGAGAGGAGGAGGUGGCCCAGGCAGAUCGGGGCCUUCAGACCGCAAGCCGAUGGGCAGGGACAGGAGUGUAGGUGACAGGUUCAAUGACAGGAGCCGCGACCGCCGUGAUCGCCGGGACGACCGCAGGGAUGAUAGAAGAGGCACUGGCUCCGACAGGAUGAGGGUUGGAGGGACAAGAGGUGGCAAUUUUGGUGGAAGGGACAACAACGUCGGUAGGGAUUCCAACCAGGAUAGCUUCAACCAGGAAAAUUCCAGGUUUGGUGCACCAAGGGGCGGCGGUUUCAAUUCGACCACUGAGACCCCAAGGGGCGGAGGUUUUACUUCGACCACUGAAUCUAGAGGAGGGUUUUCAAAUGAUGUGGGCAGAAUAAAUGACACUAACAGGAAUCGCUUCGGCGCUGACAGCACACAGCGCUACACAAACGACUCAAACAACCGAGGAGGUGGUUUUGCUACUGACAACAACAGAAACAGUUUUAACAAUGAUAACACCCGUACUUUCAACGAUAAUGCCAGAGGUGGCUUUGAUAGAAACAGAGAUAGAAGUUUUGGCGAUAAUUCACAAAAUUCAGGAGGUUUUGGAGGAGGGUUUCAGGACAGGAGGGGUGGAAGAGGUUCAAACCAGAGUCCGUGGAGCAACAACAACAUGAUGAGCCAAAGGUCGAAUGGCAUACCGGAGAAGAAGUCGAGGUUCAGCGAUGCUCCGCCGUCACAGAACCUCAACGGUCCACCACCCCUUAUGGGUGGCAAGCCUUCCAACUCGAUCCCGCCGCUCAUGACACAGCCACCGCCGUCUCAGCCGAAGCCACUAUUAACGCAGCCACCUCCUCAGAGCAAGCCCGGCAUGAUGAAACCGAUGGUUGAUCUGAGCCAGCCGCCGCCGAACAUGGCGAAGCCGCAGGUCUACCAGGGCCAGCAGGUGCAGGGUCAGCAGGGCCAACAACAACAACAGCCGAUCCUCUAUCCGCAACAGCUCUAUUCUCAGAACUACAUGCAGAUGUACCAAAUGUACCAGCAGCAAAUGGCACAGCAGAUGAACGGCUACCAGCAGUACCAACAGCCACAGCAGCCUGCGGGUCAGCAGCUACAGCCUGUUCAGCCGCCGCUCCCCAAAUGAAGUUAUUCCGAGAAGUUUAUUUUUUUUUAAGUUAGGCAAAAGUGUGAACGAGCAGUUUAUUACACAAUGUUUAGAUUUUAACCAGACCUUCACCAUUGAUAAGAAAGAAAAAAAGAAAAGGAAUUUAUAUAAAAAACGAGAAAGUAUUUGUAAUAAAUAUAUAUAUUUGGAUUAUUUUUUAUUAUAUUGUAAAUUUAUGAUUUUGUUUUCUCAAGCCGUUUUUUUUUUCCUUUCGGCCUCUAGACUUUCUCCUCUUAAACCAUGUGAUUUUUUUUUGACAAAGUAAAGAACCAAAAGUUUUUUGUUUGUUUGAAAGCAUUUAUUUAAUAAUUUCACUUGGCGUUUGUUAAAUUAUAUUUUAUUAUCAUUUCUUUCAUUCUUCAUUUCUUUAGGAAAUAUAGAAGCUUAAUUUUUGUGAUAACUCACAAGUUGUGAAAGUUUAGAAAAUAAAUUAUUAAUUAAUAUUCUUUCCUGUA